GCUCCUGAGGAAUGCACCAGUCCGAUUGCGAUGAUGCGAUACGUCAUGCAUUCAUGUCUCGAUCGGUUGUAAUGUGGCACGGUGCCACAGAGGGCGUCCAUUCUUUGCAUAAAUAGGUUCGUACUCUUCCAACAAGCCGCCCUCGUCUUGUCGCCACAUCCUGCACUCCACACACACCCAUCCAAGGAUGUCACUCGUUCUUCCUCCUGCAGCAUUCGUGAGGGAUUCAUUUCACAGCGAACGAGUAUGCCCGCCUUCGACGCUUCUGGAUGAGAAGUUGUCCCCUUCACCCACUGACGAGAAGAGCACGUCCCCCGCACCACCACUCUAUCUCGCCACCUCUCGCGACUGCGCAUCACUAUCCUCCCUCUCCACGACCACGACCGUGUUCCUCCUACCGCCACCUAGCGCCACCAAAGCAUCCGGUCGGACUACGCAACAAAGAGUCGUUUCUGCAAUAGACCACCUUUCAUCUGCAUUCAGAUGCAUCGGCACUGUUCUCUUCGUCAUAACUUUCUUUAGCGUGCACACGACGCUAUACAUGAUGCGCUAUGCAGCGCCAGCUACAGUGUGGUCCUUGAUUUGCGGUUACUUCGGCUGGACAUCAUUGAUUCAAGUGGAUGGCGCGGACACAGGAACAACCUCACACUCCGGCGUCGCGGCGGCCAGUGCGCUCGGUGGUACAAUUCUCGGAGCGGCGAUCGGGCUGUGGGUCGCUUUGAGGUCUCUGCCGCGCGAGGGAGAGGAGACUGAAGAAAGCACGGAACGCGAGGAUUCAGAUAUCCGAGGUCCCAGGAGAAAUCAUAAGGGCUGGAAAAGGUUUUGGCUAGGUAUAAUCUUCGGUCUGUGUGGCCAAUCCGUGGGCGCGGCCACCUUGCAUGGCAGAGCGGGAGUUCCGAGCACUUUGCGUGCUAUUCAGGCGAGUGCAGUUGGAGAAGCCGCUCUCCUUCCAGCAGUAUUUUUAACGGUGUUAUUAUCGUGGCUUUGGCGCAUCUGAACUGAUCGUCAUCGCGGUGACUCAGCCAGCGGCUACUGUAGGAUCGAUUUAAACUCACCAUAAUACCCCGGCCGUUAUGCCAUACCUAAAGACAACCCUUGUGAUAAUACAUCUAUGUUUAUAUUAGUCGCCAAUCGGUACUCGUUCCACAGAAGAACACUGCAGAGACCGAAUUAACCGAGGUCGACGCGACCAGCACC